AUGUCUGCUACAGAGGAUAGACCUUUGAAAAAACAAAAGACUGACAGCAAAUUUGAGGCCUAUAGUUCAGAUGAUGAAGAGUUGCCUCUAUACCUUUUACAGAAUUCAUACAUGCAAGAUGGAUCUGCUAAUGAUGAUGGAUUUUGUUUAGAUACAAUUAAUAGACAUUUGCUAGAUUUUGACUUUGAGAAAGUUUGUCUGAUAACCUUGUCUAAUGUGAACGUAUAUUGUUGCUUGGUUUGCGGUAAAUUUUUUCAAGGCCGUUCGAAAUCAUCUCAUGCCUAUUUACACUCUGUGAAUGCUAAUCACAGAGUGUUUAUAAACUUGGAGACAGCCAAAACAUACAUUUUACCUGAUAAUUAUGAAUUAACGUCACAGAAGGCAUCGAAUCAUUUACUGGACAUUAAGUUAUUACUAAAUCCCGUAUAUUCAAAAGUGGCAAUACAAAACUUAUCCAAGAAAGUGCAAAUAGGACACGAUUUAAAUCAUAAGCCUUACGUGGUUGGAUUUAUUGGACUCAAUAAUCUUUCGGCCAACGACUAUGCGAAUGUUAUAUUUCAAUCGAUAAGUCAUAUCCCUCCUAUUAGAGACUUCUAUCUUGGCUUAACAUUAUCGGAGAAGAAAGAUCUCAAUGAGCGAAUUAUAAGAAAGUCACAAUUGAAUAACCUUUUUGGAUUACUAGUAAGGAAAUUAUGGUCGAGUUAUUUGUUCAAAAGCCAUAUAUCCCCUCAUGAGCUCUUACAAUACAUUUCUAAUAUAUCCAAGAAGAAGUUUGGAAUCGCUGAACAGAAAUCACCUAAAGCGUUUAUGAUUUGGCUUUUGAAUCAACUACAUAUUCAGCUAAUCAAGAGCACUAGGAAUAACUCUACCAUAUUUUCUAAGUCACUACAGGGGCUGAUUCAGGUUUCUACGAUUCCAAUAACAGCAGCGACUAAUGAAUUGACGAACAAGGUAGAUUUCAGUGUUCAAGACAAAGAUAAGGUUACAAACAUACUGAAAUUUUGGGUAUUAUCAUUGGACAUACCGGGAAACGCACUUUUCCAAGGUACAUCCAAUCAAGGUGAACAGACAUCGCAAAUUCCACAAGUCUCAAUACAACUGCUUCUAGAGAAAUAUGAUGGAAAGACCACAGUACAAGUAUCCCGUACAGAAUUAAAAGCUUAUCAAUUAGUAGAACCGUUACCUCCUUACAUAAUUUUUCAUAUCGACAGAGGUUUAGAUAAUGGUGACGAAAAUUCUAGGGGCAACCCAACAGUGGUAAAGUUCCCAUCAGUUAUCGACAUGUCUCCAUAUGUCCUCAAUCUGAGUAAUGAGCCAAUCCGUUAUAAACUCAUAUCUAGUAUAAAGCAUGAAUUAAUACCAGGGGUUAAAUUGGAUCAUGGGGAUGAUAAGCAUCAGUGGUCAGUCAAUUUACGUAAAGAUCAGGAGACUGAUCAAUGGGUUACAAUAAGAGAUUUGGAAGUUGAAACCUGCGAGAGCGAAUUGAUGUUUUUAGAUGAAAGCUUUAUACAAGUUUGGGAAAAGUGCUAA